CGACGGCUUUUGACGAGCGUUACACUUUAACUAUUCUGUCACGUCGCUUCAAAGGUCGUUUUGCAUCGACGAUUAUGCCCAACAACACUGCCGACACUGGAUCCAAUGGUUCUCCGAUCAAUAGACUAGACAGCAAUCUUGAAGCAGACAUCACUCAUUUGAAUACUCUUUUGUUAAACGGCUCAUUGGACGGUAGUCACGAAACAGAAGACCUGAUGGAAAUGUUGGCACGUCUGGAUAGUGCUGAUGGUGUAGCUGAGGGCAUUGAAGGGAGGUUGGACGGGAUAUUGGGAACCCUGGAUAAUCUUUUGACAUCCCUCGAGACCCGCGAUGAGGCGAGCAUCGCGGAGACAGCAGUAUCAGUAGAGGCAGAACAAGUCAUCGUCUCAUCAACAGAGAGCAAGACUAUUGACGGGCCUACUCCCUCGCAUUAGCAAGGCAGUCUCUGCAUCGUUCACAGUGUGCUGCGACAUCACAAGCGACCUCACAGCAAGUCCUUCAAAUAUGCCUAACAUCAGUCAUGACACAUGACGAAGUCGUCAUUAGUCGUAUCUCUGAAUCAUUCUGCAGAUGGGCCUACUCAAUCUCGAGAAAGAUGUUGUUUGACCCAUGCGGAGAGCUUGGAUAAGCACGGGGUCGCAGUCCUCAGAGUACUAUACUCAUGUCAGGUCCUGUCUUCGACUGUUAUGACUGCUGUAGGGUAUCCAUGACCGUCGGACUCUUUAAAAAUGCACACUGUCUGUAGGAGAUUCGGGCUGUAGGUCAUAGACGAGU